UGAAGUUGAAAAACUCCCUGCCUACCUGUGAUAAUUGCAGUGAUUUGUUUCCUAGAACACAAAAAGCUGUUUUUCUCUUUAUUUUUCAUGGAUGAUCACACAACUACUAAUUGUGUUGUUUAUUAUUGUGCAUGUUUGUAGGCUUUUGAAACCAUUGAUGUUCUUAGGGUGAUUUGCAUUGGAUACAUUUUGAGAGUUUGUCUGGAUAUCAUGGUUUUUAGUAAACAGCUAAUGAAAGAGUCCAUGUUGCCCUCAGUUUUAGAAGUGAACGAUACUGAGCCAGAAAGUGAAUCAGACAGUGAAUGGGACAAUCUGAGAGGAAUAGGAAGCAGGCCAACCAGCAGACCUCAAAAAGCCUUCAGUCGAGGCAGUACUGACAACAAGACUGUCUCAAGAGCAGGCAAAGGUCAGUCCCCCGCACUGAGCAGAGCUCUGAGUUCAGAGGUGAGCAGAGAAGAAAACGUACCCAGCGAGCAGGAUGAUGAUGACAAUGCCCUGGAAAAUAAACCAGCUGACAGCUCUGAAAAGGAGACGGUCAGUGCAGAGGAGGAAUGGGACACAGAUUUGGAAUUAGAAGACAUGAAGGAACCUUAUGAUCCCACUGGACAUUCAUGUUACAAGGCUGCCUGCAAGGUCUUUGGUGUGGUUCCGGUGUCAUACUUCCUGCGUCACAUGAAUGAUACAGAGCUCAUAAUGAUGCAUCAUGGCCUCGGUCCACAGAGUGCCAAAGCUCUUGCUGUUCCCUUGGUAACCAACACAUCCAUCCUCAAGUUGAACCUGAGGGAUAAUUGGAUUGAGGGGCUGGGCGGAGCUGCGAUUGCAGAGAUGCUGAAAGAAAACUGCUACAUCACAGAAAUCGAUUUGUCAGAGAACAAACUGGGAGAGAGAGGUGCCCAAGCCCUUUCCAGUAUGCUCCUGGAGAACACCACCUUGGUCACUAUCAGCCUCUCUGGGAAUGACUUUGAUGAUCACGCUGCCAAGCACUUAGCUGAAGCCUUGGUGAGCAAUCAGAAAGUGGAAAGCAUGGUCCUGAGUCACAACAUGAUGGGAGACGGCGCAGGUGAGACACUGGGCAAUGCUAUUGCUGAGAACACUGGAUUGAAGACCCUCAAUCUGAGCUGGAACUGUUUACGGGGAAAGAGCUCAAUAGCAGUGGCAAAAGGUUUAGGGGCAAACAUAUUUCUUCGAAAGCUAGACCUGUCGUACAAUGGAUUUGGGAAAGAUGGAGCUGCAGCUCUCGGUGAAGCUCUUAAGGUGAACAAUGUGCUUGAAGAUUUGAACAUCAGUAACAAUCAGAUCCCUCCUGAAGGUGCAGUGCGCUUUGCCAUGGGACUCAAAGAAAACAAGACACUGAAGAUCCUUAGUAUGUCUCGAAAUCCAAUGCAGAGUGCUGGCUGUUAUGGGAUACUAAAAUCAAUGGAAGGGAACCCUGAAUCUGCCAUCGAGACCCUGGACUUCUCUGACAUCAUCGUGAACAAGGAUUUUGAUGAAUUGUACAACAAAGUCAAAGAAAUGUUUCCGAACCUGCAGGUGAAACACGAAAGAAAUGCAGACAGCUUUUCUUUCAAAACAUCUAAAGUCCCAAAAGAUCCCUUAGGAAAACUGAAGUAUCACAUAAAAAAGAACAACUUGAAGCUUGAGGAUUCUUUUGACUCUGUGGAAGAGGGUGGAAGUGCUCUCAUCACUAGAGCAGAGUUUCAGCUGGGACUCAAGGGGAUAGGAACCUGUUUAACCAUGGAAGAAGUGCAGCAACUCAUGGAUGAUCUUGAUAAGGACAACUGUGGUGAGAUUGACUUCAGAGAGUUUAGCACAUUGCUGAAGAAAGCUUAACACCGCAUACUGUAUCUGUCUAUUAUCGUGGGUACCUUGGACCGCUCUGGCAUUUUGCACGAAUAAUAAAAAGAUCACAAUGUUGACUGUU